AUGGCAUCGUCUCCAGAGCAAGUCCUGCAGAAGGCGGCAGAGGACGGUUCGCUCGAUGCAGCGGACUGGCCCAACACGCUCAAGUAUAUUCUUGACCGCCUAGACGAGAUAAUCGCCGAUUUCCCCAAGCCUCCCGAUUCUGCCUCAGCCUCCGCCCCGACUACACCCUCAAAACAACAGCCGCAAGCCUCUAGCCAGGAUUCGCAGUCAGGCGACAAGGAAAAUGCAGCGCCCAAGACAACAUCUCGCCCUCCGGUGCCAGCCUUCACGAAUUCGGACUUUCAAGAUCUGCCGCCAGAGACGAUAACUUUCUAUUCAUCGAUACGGAAUGCUUUGUCGACCAAUUUCCCCAAUGGCGCACCCCACACGAUUCAAAGGCUUGCAGAGCUUAUCCUCGAACCAAAAAGACGGUACAGGUUCCUCUCACCGUACCUCCGCGCGCUCGACCGCGUAGUCUCCGUUUCCUCGCCCAACACCGUCUUUCCCCUCCCUCAGGCUGUCCUCCCAACGGCAACCGGCCUUUUCAAUGGAACAACAUCUACAAACUCAGCUCAGGCGUCCCUCGGCUCUGAUGAGUCUCUCGGUGGAGCAUUGCUUACGCCAAUACCGUGGCUACAGAAUCGUGGCCAAAACGAGCUCAUAUCUGAGAGCACCGAGAUGGUCGAUGGGCCAAAUGGUGCCGGCAGGAUAGAGACGGUCACAGUGGGCAUGCUGAGCGGUACCAAUGGCAAUAACGGGGCGCCACAAGCUACAUCACCGACAAGUUCGAAUGGAGUGUCACAGAUUGCGUCCUCACAUCCUGAUGGGGAGACACUGCCAUCCACAGGCCCUGUCACGCAAGGCGAGAUACUACGUCAAGAGCAGGAAGCUGGCAUUGUCCUCAACAACCCGCAUUCACUUACGGCGAACCCCGCCCGGACUACGGUAGGGGAGGCCGACGGAGGAGGCACGGUCAUGGAGACCGUUGAAGGGGAGGAAGAGCAGCCACAUGCGCGCGGUCCCGAGCUCAUCGGCAUGGAAGAUACAGGGCCGCAGAAUCAAUCCGCACACCUGGACAUUGAGGGCGCGGUCGGCCGGCCGAGCAUCGAGCGUUCGAGCAGAAGCCCACAGCCCGUCCCUGAACCCAUAGACGAAGAGAUGAAAGAAGACGAUUCAAAACCAGAGCCUGAUAAAAGAAGCGGGGAAAAGGAGGAGGAUAAAGACGGCGACGCCGAGAUGAAGUCCGAUGAGUAG